CCUUGGCCCCGGGGGCCCCACCAAGCGAGCAGCAUGUGGUGCCCCCAGGCCUGCCCAGUGUCCUUCGGCCUGCUGCCCAACCCCCCCAGGAGACCCUGACGCCCUGGGGGCACUUCUGCUGUGCACAGGACCACGUGGGGGUUUGCCAUGGUGACAUAAAGGGGCGCAGAGGAAGGAAGGAGCGCGACCGGCCUGCAGACUGUGCCCCUGGCUGGGAGGAAGGGCCGGGGGCCCGGAUCCUCCACUCCUGCUGCCCACCGAGGGCCGCGCUUGCUAAGUGUCUGUGAAAUUGUUGGUCAGUGGACGACUCUGGUAUUUCCUGCGUGGGGCCUGGGGGUGGCCAGGGCACACGGGCCUCCAGCGGCCGAGGUCUCGGGGGCCAGGAUGCCCGCCCUGGCGCGCCUCCGGAGGCUGUGUCGGCAUGUGUCCCCACAGGCGGUACUUUUCCUGCUGUUCGUCUUCUGCCUGUUCAGCGUUUUUGUCUCGGCCUACUACCUGUAUGGCUGGAAGCGGGGCCUGGAGCCCUCGGCGGAUGCCCCUGAGCCUGACUGUGGGGACCCGCCCCCCGUGGCCCCCAGCCGCCUGCUGCCGCUCAAGCCCAUGCAGGCGGCCGCGCCCUCCCGCACGGACCCACUGGUGCUGGUGUUUGUGGAGAGCCUCUACUCACAACUGGGCCAGGAGGUCGUGGCCAUCCUGGAGUCCAGCCGCUUCAAGUACCGCACGGAGAUCGCACCGGGCAAGGGGGACAUGCCCACGCUCACUGACAAGGGCCGUGGCCGCUUCGCCCUUAUCAUUUAUGAGAACAUCCUCAAGUAUGUCAACCUGGACGCCUGGAACCGGGAGCUGUUGGACAAGUACUGUGUGGCCUACGGUGUGGGCAUCAUCGGCUUCUUCAAGGCCAACGAGAACAGCCUGCUGAGUGCGCAGCUCAAAGGUUUCCCUCUGUUCCUGCACUCAAACCUGGGCCUGAAGGACUGCAGCAUCAACCCCAAGUCCCCGCUGCUCUAUGUGACACGGCCCAGCGAGGUGGAGAAGGGCGUGCUACCCGGCGAGGACUGGACGGUGUUCCAGUCAAACCACUCCACCUACGAGCCGGUGCUGCUGGCCAAGACACGCUCCUCCGAGUCCAUCCCGCACCUGGGUGCGGACGCCGGCCUGCACGCCGCACUGCACGCCACCGUGGUCCAGGACCUGGGCCUUCACGACGGCAUCCAGCGCGUGCUGUUCGGCAACAACCUCAACUUCUGGCUGCACAAGCUCGUCUUCGUCGACGCUGUGGCCUUCCUCACGGGCAAGCGCCUCUCGCUGCCUCUGGACCGCUACAUCCUGGUGGACAUCGAUGACAUCUUUGUGGGCAAGGAGGGCACACGCAUGAAGGUGGAGGACGUGAAGGCCCUGUUUGAUACGCAAAAUGAACUACGCACACACAUCCCAAACUUCACCUUCAACCUGGGCUACUCAGGGAAAUUCUUCCACACAGGUACUGAUGCUGAGGACGCUGGGGAUGAUCUGCUGCUGUCGUACGUGAAGGAGUUCUGGUGGUUCCCCCACAUGUGGAGCCACAUGCAGCCCCACCUUUUCCACAACCAGUCGGUGUUGGCCGAGCAGAUGGCUCUGAACAAGAAGUUCGCUGUCGAGCACGGCAUCCCCACAGACAUGGGCUAUGCGGUGGCCCCCCACCACUCGGGUGUGUAUCCCGUGCACGUGCAGCUGUACGAGGCCUGGAAGCAGGUGUGGAGCAUCCGUGUGACCAGCACGGAGGAGUACCCCCACCUGAAGCCGGCCCGCUACCGCCGCGGCUUUAUCCACAACGGCAUCAUGGUCCUCCCGCGGCAGACCUGCGGCCUCUUCACGCACACCAUCUUCUACAAUGAGUACCCUGGUGGCUCUAGUGAGCUGGACAAGAUCAUCAAUGGGGGCGAGCUCUUCCUCACUGUGCUCCUCAAUCCUAUCAGCAUCUUCAUGACGCACCUGUCCAACUAUGGGAACGACCGUCUGGGCCUGUACACCUUCAAGCACCUGGCGCGCUUCCUGCACUCCUGGACCAACCUGCGGCUGCAGACGCUGCCCCCCGUGCAGCUGGCCCAGAAGUACUUCCAGAUCUUCUCCGAGGAGAAGGACCCGCUCUGGCAGGACCCGUGUGAGGACAAACGCCACAAAGACAUCUGGUCCAAGGAGAAGACGUGUGACCGCUUCCCAAAGCUCCUCAUCAUUGGCCCCCAGAAAACAGGCACCACGGCCCUCUACCUGUUCCUGGGCAUGCACCCGGACCUCAGCAGCAACUACCCCAGCUCAGAGACCUUUGAGGAGAUCCAGUUUUUUAAUGGCCACAACUAUCACAAAGGCAUCGACUGGUACAUGGAGUUCUUCCCUAUCCCCUCCAACACCACCUCCGACUUUUACUUUGAGAAAAGCGCCAACUACUUUGAUUCGGAAGUGGCGCCCCGGCGGGCAGCUGCUCUGUUACCCAAGGCCAAGGUCCUGACCAUCCUCAUCAACCCAGCGGACCGGGCCUAUUCCUGGUACCAGCACCAGCGAGCCCACGAUGACCCAGUGGCCCUGAAGUACACCUUCCACGAGGUGAUCACAGCUGGGCCCGACGUGUCCUUGAAGCUGCGGGCCCUUCAGAACCGCUGCCUGGUCCCCGGCUGGUACGCCACCCACAUUGAGCGCUGGCUCAGCGCCUUUCACGCCAACCAGAUUCUGGUCUUGGAUGGCAAACUGCUACGAACAGAACCUGCCAAAGUGAUGGACACGGUGCAGAAGUUCCUUGGGGUGACCAACACUAUUGACUACCACAAAACCUUGGCGUUUGAUCCAAAGAAAGGAUUUUGGUGCCAACUGCUCGAAGGAGGAAAAACCAAGUGUCUGGGCAAAAGCAAGGGCCGGAAAUACCCAGAGAUGGACCUGGAUUCCCGCGCCUUCCUGAAGGACUAUUAUCGGGACCACAACAUCGAGCUCUCCAAGCUGCUGUAUAAGAUGGGCCAGACACUGCCCACCUGGCUCCGGGAGGACCUCCAGAACACCAGGUAGCCACGGCCACCACAGCCAGACUGAACGUAUGUGAUGGCCUGGACGGCCUGCCGCAUGCUGAGCCAGACUGACCUGCAGAGUGGGGAGCUGGGCCUGGGCUGGCCAGGCACUUGAGCAAUAUUCAGCUGAGGCCCAGGCAGGGCCAGGAGAAGAGCCCAGGCAGGUCCACAAGCGCCUCGGAGCAUCCAGUGCUGGGUCUGUGGCCUCCAGGACCUCCCUAGCCACCAGAGGUCCAUUCCGUUCACGGCCUUCCGUGGGGAGGCCACUCCCUGUUGGUGGAAGGCCACUUCCUGGUGAGAGGGAGUCCAUGAGACUUCCUUUUCUGUCCCUCACUGUGUUCUACCGACCAUGCCCUCCCUUCAUCCCAUCAGUCCCUGCGACGGCAGGGUCUCCCCUCAGUAUUAGCUGCCAUAUUUUCCCUGUCCUCCAGACAAUAGGGAGAAGAGCCCAGCGGGGCCUUUUGCCAAACAGGGGAGAGAGACUGGAUGCUUCCCUCACUGUUUUGAGCCAGGCACUUCAGAGGGGUCAGCUGGGUACCCAGAGUCACUGGGCUGGAUGUGGGGGUGGCCACCUCAAGAGAACUCUGAACCUCUACACACAUUCUGGUUAAUACCUUCACAUCUCACUUUCCCUUUUGGGGAAAGAGUUGCUGAUUCCUACAGUAUCCACCCAGUCCUCAGGGCCUCCUUCAGGACCCUGGGGCACUGUCAUGCCAUUUGGACCCAGAGACCCAGGCUUCCCUCCCCCUGUUCCUCACCCUGGGAUAUGACAUGUGGUAUUUCCUGUGGUAAAAGACUGAGGCGGUUCAGGAGUCUGCCAGUAUACAUGUCCCAAUGUACAUAUGUUGUCCCCACGCCCAGCCCCAACCUUGGCCCCUGGCAGACACUGGGCAGCGUGGAUAAGACUGCCAUCCACAGCUUUGCCCCAGCUGCCUGUGGCCAAGGGCUCCUAGAGACCCCAUUAGCCACCCCCCCAAAUACUAAGAAGCUAAAGUAUUUUAAUAUUUUGUUUUUUUUCUUGGUGCCAGAGUUUAUACCCUGGGUGCUGGGGUCGCACUGUGUUAUAUAUAUAUAUAAUGUGUAUAUAUAUAUA